ACACUCACGCCCACGCACACAAAACUCCCGCGCGCAAUCACGCACACAGAUCCCAUCUCACCCAGUGGCAGCGGCGCGCUCUCACUGCAUCACCCGCGUGUCGCUGCGCUGGGCAGGAGAGGCUGUGCACCGGGGUGCUGGGGACGAGAAGGUCUCUCAUCCUCCAUCUAAACACGGUAAGAGCUGCUAUUGAUGCUUUUCACGCAAAGUGUAGACGCAUGCAUGUGCGCAAAAAAUUAGAAAUUCUCCCGCGUAAAGAGCGAUUUUACGCACAAGAUUCUCCUACAUAUUCCAAUUUGAUUAAGUAUUUAUUUAAAAUAUGUAAUGUGAUGUUUGGUUUAACGUUCAAAUUAAUGUUAUUAUAGAAACUGCGGUAAUUUGUCCUGCAGGUUAUUUUGGAUCAUGUGCUUCUUGGCAUGCCUGUCGACUGAGCUGCAGAAACAUAUUCCACAUUCCGUGUUAAUUAAUAAUGGGAGGACGGUUCGUAGGUCAAUGCUUACAUCUGUACAAAUCACUGUAAAUUAGACCGUGCCAGGCUGGGUGAAGGAACGUGGAAAGAGGAGAGAGAGAGGGGGGGAGGGGGGCUGUAGGAAUCGGUAGAAAUAUGGAUAACGGAGGGAUCCGGCAUGUUGACCCGCUGGUGACCCCGUCAACUUUCAACUCUGGAUGCCUCCGGGAUCUCCAGUAAUCCAGUCAAAGUGAUGCGCCCUCGCAUCAACCCGCUGCUGCUGCCGCUGCUGUUCUAGGCCUCCUCUGCCUGCAUCUGUAAUCUACUGUGAGAUAAUAUGCGUGUCCGUCAUGUGAGAUUAGGGCUGUGGGGUUUUGUUGUUUUAGGAAAUUCACAACCCAAGUCCACUCACUCGGAUGUAUUUAUGUAGUACUACUCUAUAUAUGGCACUGGCAUACAUAAAAAGACUGAUUAUGAUGAUGAUGAUAAUGCAGUGCCCUCUCCACCAGUCAAAAUAAACCCUGUCAUGUAUUUGUCAACCAUAUAUUGCGUAAAACAACAAAACCACCAUUUCCUUUUUGAUUCUGGUUAAGUCUCUGUCGGUUUCCUCUCAAAUUAUGUUUAUUAUUGUAAGAGUAAAAUAUUGUCACCUCUUGUAAAAUAUCUGUGAUCAGCCACAGUUUGGAUUAUCAUUUAUUUUCAAGAUAUCCACAGUUGUGUAUCCACAGUUGUGUAUUUACAGAUAUCAGGAAGUUGAGUGGCACCAAAUCAGUCCGAGGUCAUGUUGUGGUCUGACUUGAUAUCACUAGUGUGUAUGAUUGAUGCUGCAGUGGCAAACAGUUAAUGUGAGAAUUGCUUUUGAAAAAUAAAUAACCAUCGACCCGAGGGCGUGUGCGUAUUGCUCAGUGCGUGGGAUUUAUUUGUGUAUGGUUGUGUGUGUUUGUGUGCGUGCGUGCUUGUACAUGCGUUUGCUUGUGUGAUUGGCCAGUGACGCAGCCAUGAUUUGGGCUGCAGAUACCAACGCGCCGUGCAGACCUAUGGGAGCGCGGAGCAGGCAGAAGGGGGAGGGCAGAGUGCGCGAGGCGGACUUGACUCCAUUUGUAGUGGAGGAUGUGAUGAGGGGGGGUUCAGAUCAGGGCUGCCUCCGCCACCGAGAGGGCAACGGGCAGGAGAGGAGAAAGAGACGAGGGGGAACUAGAGCCGCGGUGACCGGAUCUCGGUCUUAGCCCGAGGGGACGGGAGGCACUGGCGGGGACGAGCCGCGCGUCAGGCUGGGCAGCAGCGGGGAGACGCACGGAGGAACCAUUUCGGAGCUGCUCGGGGAACAUGGUGGAUUUUUGAGAAGCUACACACGGCGACAUUUGGAGAGUUGGAUUUAAAAAAAAAAAAAGAGAGAAGUAAUUGAAGGGAAUCCCGAACGAGGCUGCAGGAGCAGGAUGAGCGUGUUGCCUGCAGGCAGAGCAGAGCAGCGUGUCUGAGUGGGACAUGGCAAACGGCGGGGACCAGUUCGGCCUUGCAGAUCGUCCGGACUCAGACUGCAUGGAUUCCCCGAAACAGACAAAACAGGAAAAUCCCAGCUUCACCUCAAACGCACCAGCGUCCCCGCAGCCAGUGUCCAGUCCGCAGGGGAUGGAGGGAAUCAAAGUUUUCCUUCAUGACAGGGAACUUUGGACCAAGUUCGAUGAAGUAGGAACUGAAAUGAUCAUCACCAAGGCUGGAAGGAGGAUGUUCCCCAGCUACAAGGUGAAGGUCACAGGCCUCAACCCCAAAACCAAGUACAUCCUCCUCAUGGACAUUGUCCCCGCGGAUGACCACCGCUACAAGUUUGCAGACAACAAAUGGUCGGUAACGGGGAAGGCAGAGCCCGCGAUGCCGGGGAGGCUCUACGUCCACUCGGACUCUCCCGCCACCGGGGCGCACUGGAGCCGCCAGCUCGUCUCCUUCCAGAAGCUCAAACUCACCAACAACCACCUGGACCCGUUUGGACACAUAAUACUCAACUCCAUGCACAAGUACCAGCCACGUCUCCAUAUCGUCAAGGCGGACGAGAACAAUGGCUUCGGCUCAAAGAACACAGCUUUCUGCACCCACGUCUUCUCUGAGACCGCCUUCAUCGCUGUGACGUCCUACCAGAACCACAAGCUACCCAGUGGUCCCUCGCAGCUCCAUCCGCCAGAGGGCCUGCCCCACAGGCAGUCCGUUUUGCGGGGAGGGUCGGGGUCUGAGGGUCUCCCCCGGGGCCGUCGGAUCCCCCUUCGGCUGCGAGAGCGGUUUGAGCAGCAGCAGUCCCCAGGAGCUGCUUGGUGCUCCCCCCGCACACUACACCCUGCCUCAGUCUCACCUGCAGCACGGCCAGCAGCCACAGGUCUACCACUGCACCAAGAGGAAAGAGCUGCAGCCCAGAAACAUCCUAAAAGAAGAAAAUGAGAACACACAGGCAGAGGAUGCAGGGUCUCUGUCGAUAACGGAGGAGAACUGCCCUUCAGGAAACCGUCAGCACCCGUACAAGAAACCCUUCAGUGGCAGUUCACCCAGUGAGGACGAGUCCUACUAUCACCCUUCAUCCUUCCCUCCUCCUCCAACCAGUCUACCCAACAACACUGCCCUGGGUCUCACUGACUCCCCCUACAGCUCAGACAUGGGACAGCGUCAGGCAUGCAUGUUUGCCAGCUCAGAGCCCAGACUGGACGAACUCAACUGUGCAUCCUGGUCAUACGCCUGUCCCCUCCCCUCUGCCAUGACCCCCAUGGAGCCCUACCCACCUUACACCCCUCACCCUCCCUACAGCUCCAGCCCUCAGGGCUCUCGACUCAGUGCCAUAGCCCACCAGAGCUCUCCGCUGCUGGGAGAGCACAUCGCCCACGACCCCUAUCAGAGCCAGAGCUCCGGACCUCUAUCGCAGAGCUCCCAAAACAUUCACAGCCGGCAGAUCAGCCCUCCUCUCAGAGAGUUCCCUCGCUACACGGCCAACCUUUCUCCUCCUCUGUACCACACGCUGGAGACGCACACACACAUCAGGUGUCCACCGGAAUGGAGUGCAGCCUCCUAACCGCGCCAGAGGACACACCUGAAUGACUGUCCAGAUGACACCGCGUGUUGAACUCAGUGACCCUUCUCUCUGCUCUUCUGGAACAUGCUGCAACAUAAACAUACCUUUGUAACAUAAUUGUGAAAAGUUUGAUCUUGUGCUGUGUGACAAAGUUCUCAUCUAAUAGCCAUGUCUCCCCCUGUGCUGGAUGGAGCAGUGGAUUGUCUGGACUUGAAGCUUCAGAUGUAAAAAAAAUGAUAAUAACCGCAGGACGAUCAAAGUUGUUGUGUAUCAUCUUUUCAUAACUCACAGACUGGUGUCGUCCAAAUGUUUGCACUGUGAGCCCUCUUCCGGACAGACCCUGAACCCUUCCCCUCUUAAUGACUCCCACUCUUUGCAUUGUCAAGGAUGUAACUUGUGACCCAGUGUCGACAGGCAGUAACAUUUACAGACCAAAAUAAUCUCAGCUCUCAGAGCGGAGCCUGAGGGAGACAUUUUUUCUUCUUCUCUUUAAUGGAGCAAAACAUGGCUCCAUGCUCAGUCUCAGUGAAGGAGAAAAGGCACGAGUUGUCUGUGUGCGUGCGUGUGUUUUCAUGUGUGUGUCUUUGUAUGUAAAGCCUGUGUCAGCUCGGCUCAAGGAUACUAUGAGUUAAUUUCCAAUGAGACAGGCGGUAGUAGCUGCGGGCACUGCACUGCAGAGAUAAACAGUUUGUUUAGACCACGCUACAGGCUGAAGGACCUGUAAACACUGUUUCCACUGCAUUCUGGGUAAAUGCACAUCUCAGCCUCACGCAGCUGUCACCGCUGUCCUCUCAGUCACCCCCAGCCGACCAAUCAUCCCUCUCCGCUCACCAGCAGCCGGCCAAUGAGCGUGCGCCUCUGUUUCCAUCCCCAGCUGACGAGUCCGAGCUGGAGUGCAGCGGGUUUCAUGUCUGCGUGUGAUUGCCCGUUUUUGUUUGUUUCUGAAUGUUUAAUGAGUAAUGUUGAUCCUUGAAACACAAGGACACACAUUGCUGAUCAUGUUGAUGCUCCAACUCUUAAUUACUUUCUUUAUUUUGAAUCUAAAGUAUCCCUCCAAUACCCAUACAGCAUUAAACUACGACUAGAUUGGGUCAAGUGCAUUUCCCUGCAGAUCUGGGUAAGAUCCUCAUCCUUAUGGUUCACUGUGAAGAAACAUUUGUGGCUCCCGUUGUGCAAAAUAUGGUUAAUUUGUGUGUAUUGAAGCAGUGUUUUUAUAUUUUCCACCCAGGUGUUUUACAUGCAGUAACAUGUGAGAAGGUACUCCAUCCGUGUGCAGAGAGCAGAUCCUCGUCAUUCUCUGAUAUGUGUUUGUGUGUUUGUGUGUGUGUGAGUGUGUAUGUGACAGUGAGAUGUAAAAGAUGAAGAUGUUUGUGUUUUAUAGCAUUUUUUCCUGCUCAUAGUAUUUAUUACUCUAGAUUUUGAAAAAAAAAGAUUGCUUUGUUGUUUGUCACCUUGUAAAACAAGGUAUUGUUCAGAGAUAUUUGUUUCUCUUCUGAAGACUCCCUUCAUGGUUUCACCCUCAAUCUCCAAAUGGUGAUAAGUAAUUGUGAUACAUUUUUUUUGUUCUAUGGCAAAUAAAGACAGAUUUAUAUACAGAAAUUGAUAGAUUUUAAAGAAUGUUGUGUAAGUCAAUGGUUCUCGGCCGUCUUCUUUGUCAUCAGAUCACAAAGGCAGCAGAGACGGACUGUUAACAUUCCUGUCCGGUUAUUUAAAGCAAGUUCAGCCUCGUGGGAGUGGAAACUCUUUUAAGUGCAGUGCAGUUUAUCAGUUUCAACGCAUGUAUGAAUAUGAAGGACCUGAUAACGGCACCAGAAGACAAGAAUGUCCACACACCACUUGCUGGUCCCAUAAACAUAUAUAUUUCACCUCGUGGGUCCUUCUUCAGACCUGUCCCCGAAACGUCACUUACC